AUGGGUGUCUCCAAGUCCGACGCGAUCAUCAUUGUUGGCGGGGGAGCCUUUGGCCUCUCCACCGCCCUUCACCUGAUUCGCAAUGGUUUUACGGAUGUCUCUGUCUUUGAUAAAGAUGACCAGAUUCCUCCUCGGUACUCAGCUGCCAAUGACCUGAACAAAAUUGUGCGGGCGGAAUAUGAAGACCCAUUUUAUACAAACCUGACAAUUAAAGCCAUCGCGGCCUGGAAAACCCCGCUCUUUGCGCCACAUUUCCACCAGACGGGAUUCCUUCACUGCGUAUCGGGAAAUGCACCGCAGAAAGCAGUCGAUACUCUGAAGAGAUUCCAGGCUUCAGCGGAAGAACACGCUGAAAUCCGCUCACAUGUCACUCCGCUUACAGGCCAAACCGAUAUCCGUCAAGCAUGCUGGCAGCUCGAGGGGCCCUUACCUGGAUGGUAUGGGUACCUGAACCGUUACGACGGUUACGCGCACUCUGCCAAUGCUCUUGCGGCUGUAUAUCGAGCAAUACAAGCGUCUGGUGUACGGUUUCAUCUAGGGGAGCACGGAGCUGUGGACGAAGUAGUGUAUGUUAGUACACGGCAAGGAAAGAAAAGCUCGGGGAUCCGGACGAAAGACGGGAAAUUUCACCCUGCAUCGCUCGUAAUCAUCGCAGCGGGUGGUUCAGCUGGACACCUAGUUCCUGAAGUUGGGAAGAAUGUCGUGGCCAAGUCUUGGUCUGUCGCCCAUGUCCAUCUUACGGACGAAGAGACCUCAGCACUGCGCGGAAUCCCCGUUACCUACGCCCGCGACCUGGGGUUCUUCUUUGAACCAGAUCCAAAGACCAACUUGCUCAAGCUUUGCCCCAUGGGAGGAGGGUAUAUCAACACUAAUCCAGCGACGGGCGUAUCCCUUGCGCCGAGCUCCCUAGAAGAAAGCGCUUUCAUACCUGAACAGGACGAGAAGCAAAUGAGGCGGCUGCUAGCACAAACCCUUCCGGCUCUUAGCGACCGGCCUCUCGUGAGAAAGAGCCUUUGCUGGUUUGCUGAUACCAAUGACUCGGACUUCAUUAUCGAUUAUGUUCCCGGCACGACGUCGUCGGUUAUAUUGCUGUCUGGUGAUUCGGGGCAUGGGUUUAAGAUGUUCCCGAUAUUUGGGAGUUGGGUUUUGGAUCUCCUUAGGGCUGAGAAACAGCCUGUUACACGGUGGCGGUGGAAGAAGUCCGGGCCAAGCGAUGGGAAGGCGAAUUGGGGUGGUGACGUGAGCUGGCGGGUUGGGGAGUCGAAGGAGAUCUCUGAGAUUUUACCUAAGAGAUCGUCUAGACUGUGA